AUGACGAGGGCCGCUCUUUUUCUUUCCGCAUCAUGCGCCCUCCUACUUCGACCUGCAACACCCUUCAUUCGGCUGGCACCCCCAGCAGGAGCUGCUGACCCUGCCGGCGCCGCGCAUCGCCAACGUCACGUACGUCCUGUGUCUGCGCGCCCGCACCAUGCGCGGGUGCUCGUCAACAUGAUGGCGGAGGUUGACGCAGACGUCCCGGGCAUCGCGGACUCACGCUUGGCGGGGUGGAGGGUGGGGUCGAAACAAGCAGCUACUACUGCAACAGAGGACACAGCAGCAGUGGACAGCGAUGCAGACUCGGAGGGAGGCGCGGGCGAGAGCGGAGAGCCCGGGUGCGGGGAUGUGGUCGAGUACCCACUGACAGAUUUGGUGAAGAACGAGUCAACCGACGGAAGGGAGAAGGGCGUGGCGGUCAUCGUCAGCAUCAACAAGCUGCGCAACGACGCCUGGAAACUGCCCGAGGACAUUCUCGACAAAGCCGAGCUUCAGGUUCUGUGCCCCGAUCUUGACAGCGAGGAGGAGGGAGUGUGGAUGGCCGAUGAGCUAGAAACAUGUGCCUUCGCCAAGCUCGGAGAGAUGAAAGUGCUCAAGUCAUCCUUCAACGGUGCAAUGGACAAGUGGAAGCGGUGGACGAUUUCCGACGAACUCAGCGAGGGCUGUGGCGCGAGGGACGCUGAGUGGGAGUACGACAUGCUCUAA